AUGCCGUUCCAACUCCCCGACAUAAGCCAUCGGCAGUCGCUCGUACUGACUGCCCUGGCAGCAGUCAUCGCCACUUCCUCCGUCAUCAUCUCUUUCCAGUCACUCCGGCGAGAAUUCAGAACGGAGCGCUUGAAGCGUCAAGUCGGCGAGGACGUCGAGGAAUGGGAGAAAAGUAGGGAAGGAAGUGGGUUGUCGAGCCCAGAUGAGAGGGCCGAGAGGAUUGCUAGAAGAGAAAAUAAUUGGGCGGAAGGGUUUGACGAGGGGCUUAUACGAGAGCAGCUUACUAGAAACUACAACUUUUUGGGGGAAGAAUCGAUGGCUCUGGUACGGAAAGGUUAUGUCGUGAUUGUCGGAUGUGGUGGUGUAGGCAGUUGGUGUGCCCUCAUGCUGCUGCGAAGUGGUGUUGGUCGUUUACUUCUUAUCGACUUUGAUCUCACCACUCUCUCGUCCCUCAAUCGACAUGCAAGUGCCACCUUGGAAGAUGUCGGAACACCGAAAGUCAUUGCCAUGCAAAAAUUCCUCAAAAAGGUCGCUCCUUGGGCCCAAGUUGAGACUCAUGUUGGUCUUUGGCGUAAAGGCGAGGGCGAAAAGUUGCUGCAAGGAGCGGACUGGGUCGUUGAUGCCAUCGACAACAUCGAGACAAAGGCAGACUUGCUCUCGUACUGUCACAAGAGUGGCAUCAAGGUGUUCUCAAGCAUGGGCUCUGGGGCUAAGCAGGACCCUACCAGAGUCCAAAUUUCUGAUAUCUCGGCUACCAACGAAGACCCGCUCGCCCGAAGCGUGAGAAGACAUUUGAGGAUCAAUGGCAUCUCCUCCGGUAUUCCCGUCGUCUACUCUACUGAAGUACCUUCCGAGGUCAAGCUCCUUCCAUUGGACGAGGAAGAGUUCCAACGGGGUGCCGUCAAAGAGCUUCAAGCCUUUGACGACUUCCGCGUUCGAAUCAUGCCUGUCCUCGGCCCUCUUCCAGCCAUAUUUGGCCUGAACGUCGCUACCUAUAUCCUCCUUGAUCUCGCCGGCAAGCCGUUAACCGACUACAUGGAGAUCAAGAACAGGAAGAAGCUUUACCAAGGACUCGAACGUGGUCUUGGGUCCAGAGAGACCAAGUUCAAGGGAGAAAAGCUCAUCGUCAAACUUCCCGUAUCUCUCGAAGAUAUCGGGUUUGUGUUUGAUGAGCUUUACCACGGGCGCUCAAGUCUCCCGCCAUAUGAGAUCUUGCAAAAGGCCAAUGCCGUGCGUUGGGAUAAGAGCCGAGGGCUGGAUGUGGACAACAUGGUUGUGAUGAACAACAAGGAUGUGGAGAAGCAUUUCCAGGAGCAUUUGAUGGGCGACAAGUCGCUGGUGGAUCUUUGGGGGCAGGACGUUGUAGAUCGCAUUAGACGGAAAUCUGACGAGGCGAGAAAGGUCAUUGCUUGGAGGAGAAGCUAG